UUUGAGCACAAACUGAGAAAGAGAGAUGGAAGGAGCUGAAGAACAUCAAAUAGUGAUCGUUGGCGGCGGGAUUUCUGGCCUCGCCACCGCCCUUGCCCUGCACCGAAAAGGUAUAAAAAGUGUGGUUCUUGAAAGAGGAGAUAGUUUGAGAGAUGAAGGUGGAGCUAUUGGAAUCUUAGCCAAUGGUUGGAGAGCCCUUGAUCAACUUGGCCUUUCUGUCUCCGACCACCUUCGACAAACCGCGGUUCUUAUUCAAAGGUCUCUUAUGAUAUCCCUUGACGAUGGUAUCCAAAAAGAAUUCCCACUCGGGGUUGGUGAAACUCGAUGCGUGAAGCGUGGUUAUCUAAUAAAUGCACUUGCGGACGCAUUGCCCUUUGGAACUAUACGGUUCGGUUGUAGUGUUAUCUCUAUUGAAUUGGAUUCCUCCACUAGUUAUUUCCCUAUUCUUCAUCUUCUUGGCGGAAAAACCAUCAUAGCCAAGAUAGUAAUAGGUUGCGAUGGAGGUCGAUCAGUGAUUGGAAAAUUCGUCGGUUUGAAGCCUAUUAAACAAUUUUCACAUUCUUCUGUAAGAGGUUUGACGAAUUAUCCGAAAGGUCAUACCUUUAAGCAUGAAUUCAUAAGAUGGAGGAAAAACGAUUCUUCCACUCUUAUUGGAAGAAUACCAAUUGAUGAACAAUAUGUUUAUUGGUUUGUAGCUUUCAAAUCAUCCUCUCCUCAAGUUGAAGAAACAUGGAAAGACAAUCAAGAGCUUGUAAGAGAGAAAAUUUCUGAAUUAGUAUCGGUUAACAAAUUCCCUGAAGAGGUGAUAGAAAUGAUCAAGACGAGUGAAGUUGAGUCGAUUUCUUUCACUCAUAGCCUCAAAUACAGGGCGCCGUGGGAUUUGGUUUUCGGAAGCUUUCGAAAAGGAACCAUUACCGUUGCGGGUGAUGCUUUGCAUGUGAUGGGUCCUUUUCUUGGACAAGGAGGAUCGGCCGGUUUGGAAGAUGCAAUCGUGUUGGCUAGGCGAUUGAGUAAGGCAGGUUUAGGAGGUGAAAUGGAAGAUGAGAUGAUGAAGAAGAGAGUUGGAGAAGCUAUGGAUGAUUAUAUUAAAGAAAGAAGGAGAAGGUUGGUGGGAUUGUCUACUCAGACCUAUGUUACCGGUAUGUUGAUUCAAGGUCUACCAUUAUUUGUUAAGAUAUUCCUCAUACUUGUUAUGAGGGUUCUUUUUCGCGAUGUAAGCAGUCACUCUAAAUAUGAUUGUGGUCGAUUGUAAGCUUUUAUUUUCAAUUUAUCUUGUUUAUUAAAGAAAACUAUCAUAAUUAAGGUUGUAUAAUCAUAUAAUAACCUACUUGAUUUGCU